CUUCAGUUGAGCUAGGAUCAUGGCUCUGAGAAGACAAUCAACCUCCUUGAAUCACCCUGAUACGUUGGACAGGACAUCGAUCAGCCUACUUGUGAUGAUAUGUGAAUGUCCGGUGUGUGGGAACGUGGCCAAGCCUCCCAUGAAGAUGUGUUUCAACGGACACGUCAGUUGUGUGGCUUGUGUACUAGAUACCCCAUCUUGCUCUACUUGUCAGGAGCGUUUCUCCUGUAUCCGACCAAUGGUGAUGGAGCAGAUUAUGAGAGUGGUGGGGGGUGCGUGUCGAAAUGCUCGCUGGGGCUGCCUGGUGUUCCCGGACCCGUCUGUACGCCAGGACCACGAGCAGGUGUGCGGCUGGCGGAGAGUGAGAUGUGUCUGGUGCUGCGUCUCCGUCGGCGUCAACAAGUGGGCAGAACAUGUGGUGGAUAAACACGGAGCACACGCCCUCUGUUACGACACUCAAGGUCUUGAGGCUAUUCCGUUGGGCUUGAAUGAAGAAAAGAGUCUCUUCUACAUAAACGGAGUUAUGUUUUGCCUGUAUAUCAUGCGAAGACAGGACCACGGACCUCUUCACCUUAUUUUGCAAUGUUUCCCGACAUCAAAAGAUGAUAUGGACACUAUUUUCGAAGUCCAGUUGGAAAACAAAGGGUUGUACUUUCGACAGUCAAUCCAUCCCAUUUCGGAUGCCGUUAAACGGUCAAAGGUUUUUGAGAGUUUGGAUAAGGGUAUUACCAUUCCUCAUUACUUUUUGAAACAGAAAGAUUACUUUUAUUUCAAAAUCACUAUGCCAAUUAUCUUUAAUAAUAAAAAGGUGCUUGCUGCUCCGAAAGUGGAGUGUUGAAAAUGUACUUUAGUUUGUUUUGGGUUUUUGUUGAAGCAAGGAGAUUUGUACAAUGAUCCACCAAGUGGUUUACAUGUUGAAAUCGUGUACAUGAAUACUUAUAAUUACUCUGAUGAAGUAAAGUAGCUACAAAGAACCCCCCUUUUAAUUUUUACCUAUGUUAAACAUGUUAUUUGUUUGUUGAGAAGUGCAAAUUUAAAGUUAAGCGUAAAGCUGUUGAUUCCCAUGCUGCUAAUUCAUUUUGUUAAUUGUUAAUAUUAAAUCAUAAGAUAUUUUAUGUAAUAUAAUUACACACAUUAGUUACUUGUGAUUGUGUUUGGUAUGUAAUUGUAUGUAUUAUUAAAUGUAUUUAGCUUUUUGUAACUUACUGAAUUAUAAUUGCCAUGAAUAAAUCUCAUUGGUUAAAUUGUCGAAUUUGAUUUUAAAAAGGAAUGUAUAGAGUCAAA